GUAUAGGACCACACCUUUGAAAAAGGAGAACGUCACAGCCAUUUGCCAACUUGAAACUCCUGGACAAAGUUUUUAAAUUCAGAUCUAAAUAGUAAUUUCCACUGAAAACUGGUACAGCCUUCGAAUUGUGUUUACAUCAAAUGAAGAAGGAGGAAUACAUUUUUAAUUCAGUUUAAUUGAUUUGCCUCAGCACACUCAGAGGAACUUUACCGGAAUAGGAUGACUUUCUGUCGGAUGUGUGUGUUUUUUGCCACAACGUCAUUGUUGCACAGUAUUCUACUCGAAAUCACAGAGGCCCAGGGCUCUGAAGAACAAUGUCUUAAAAGGUUUAGUCAAGGGAAAGAAGAUUUUGUUUUAGAUACUGAUGAGUCCGUGAAGGAAGGUGCCACUUUCAUCGCUUCUCCGCAAGUCACGCGCAGGACAGACUGCAUUGCCGCCUGCUGCAGCGCUCCGGACUGUAAUUUGGCGCUGAUGGAAAGGGGGACCGAGGACGGUGUGAUAAAGUCUUGCUUCAUUUUUAACUGUUUAUACAAGCAAAAGAAAGUGUGCCAAUUUGUAAGGAAAAAUGGAUUUGACAACUACGUUUUAAACUCUGUUUUUGGAAAUUACCUGGAGAGUUACAUUCCAAUGGAAGACCACCCUCCUGUUGCAAUAGCAGGGCAGGACAGGGUGGUUCAACCUCAUGACAGUGUGGUCCUUAAUGGCAUUGAGAGCAAGGAUGACCAUAAAAAUUUAACGUACCAAUGGCAGAUGGUGUCUGGAAACCCCUCAGCCAUCAUUGAGAAAACAACAUUUGAAGAUGAAGUGAGGGUGUCUAACCUGUCUGCCGGGGUGUACAAGUUCAACCUGACUGUAACUGACAGCAUUGGACAAUCUGACUCGACAGUGGUCACAGUUUUGGUCCUUACACCUGAACAGUCACAUCACCACUGUCUGGUGCCUAAAAAGGUGGGGCCAUGCCGUGCUUCCUACCCCCGCUGGCACUACAAUGCGGCAUCAGAAAAGUGCGAGAAGUUCAUCUAUGGGGGCUGCAAAGAAAACCGCAAUAACUAUUUGUCUGCUGAAGAGUGCAUGAAAGCCUGCAACAAGGUGUCAGUUUCACAGAUAUCUUCAACAGGAAGACAUGGCCCCAUUGUUGUGGACCCUGAGCUGUGUGGUCAAACAUGUGGACCGGACCAGUUCACAUGUACCAAUGGUUGCUGCAUAGACAAAGAGCUUGAAUGUGAUCAAAUUAAGCAAUGCAGUGAUGGCUCUGACGAGGAGCAGUGCGACAAAUUGGGCACAAAUUUUCGCAUCUUGCUUAACAUACCUGUGGACAAAGAGAGAGCCCAUUGCACACAGCCACCCCUCACAGGCCCCUGCAGGGCGAGCUUCACACUUUGGUACUACAACCCAUAUGACAAAAAGUGCAACCGCUUCAACUACGGGGGCUGCAGCGGCAACGACAACCGAUUCGAAGCUGAGGAGGUCUGCAUGAAGGUCUGCGAGGAUGUGACCGAGAUGGAUGUCUUCCUUUCAAGGGCAAACUUUGAGAAACAGGAAGACAGCAAACAUUCAGCAUCCAUUGGCAUAGCUGUGGCACUGGGCUUAGCCAUCCUGGUCAUCCUGGCUGUGAUUGGUUACUGCAUCUUAAAGGAGAGGCAGCGGCAACACCAGCCGAGGCACCAGCGCAUCACAGCCAAUGGCUCGCAUCUGCUUCCUGUGGAGGAUACAGAAAAACUGGUCUAUAACAGCACCACCAAACCCAUUUGAUUCCCACUCCCAUUCAUCCCUCCUUCCACACUGCUUGGACCUCACUUUUCUACACAGUUUAAUGUUCUGCCUACUGUCAUACCACUGACUCAACUCAUUGCUUAUUUACUGAGCUGUUAAAGAAAUGAAUCAGAUGUGUUGGAGUAAAGGGGAGCCAUGCAAAUCAGUGGGUCACCAGAACUAAGAGUGGAACCCCCAACUAACCACCCAAAAGCCAACUUUUGGAAUGUUAUCAGAUGGUGUGAAAUUUUUUUUAGAAUUAAUUUUUUGUUUGACUGGUCAUUUGGCAGAAGUAAGGCAGACUGACUUUUGUAUCUCAUCAUAACCCCCUUUUUUAAGCUUGAUGGUCAUGCUCUGUAUAUUAACACUGGAUGUGUAUAGUGUUUUUACUAUAUAGUUUUACUAUACUGCUCUGCCAAGUUGCUAUUGAGUGAUCUGUACUCAGGGUUAAAACUGAUUAUUUAUUUAGUCAGUUCUGAUUUGACAUGGGAUGUGGGGCUGUUUUGUCAGGUGCUUGUUUUUUGUGAACUUAACACAAAGUGAAUCAAUGGAAAGUUUUCUAUAUGAUUUGGCUUUGCCUGAAAAUCUGUUCCUUAGUUCUGGUCACUGCCUGGCCUUGAGGUAGCCUAACAUGUUGCAUUGUUUUAGAAUUUCUAUGUUUUGUUUUUGUCAGUUUUUCAUGGUAGACUUGUAUAUACCACAGUUUGUGUAGUUAUAAUUUAAAGAGAGGAACAUUACAAACAAAAAAUACUUGGAUAACAGCGGAUAGUGUUGUGCAUUUAGUUAAAAGAAAACCAUGUGAAAUAAUUUCUACUGUUCUUGUUUGUACAUAAGAUAUGUGUUUCUGUUUUUAAAGCUUCAAUAAAAUAUA